AUGAAAUCGAUACGAUUCAAUAAUCCACUCUUUUUUAUUGUUCUUGUAUUCGUUAUUCAAUUAUCAUUAAUAAUUUUUCGGGUCGUAUUUAUAGGAAAGCCUGCAUCGUCCGUUCGCGCAGCCCGUGAAUGCCUACACAUUCAAACAAACACUGCUGAAACAGAUGAUCAGUUUUUCGGAAGGAUGUGGCCUUCACUUCAUCAAGUGGUUGAUAAAUGCUCAUAUCGUCAUUUUAGAGAUCGUGUAAAAGUAUUCGGAUCUUCUAAACAAUACAUUUUAUGGCUCAAUUGGCUUGUCGAUAAUAAUGAGCACAUGUGUAACUCAAUUUUCAUUCACAAUUCAAAAAGUAUUGCAAUGGAAAGAGAGUUUAAAAGAUACAACAGGAAAUGUGUGAUAUAUUCUUUGAGUGAUAAGCAUACGGAAACCUCACACUAUCAAGAUCCUCGAUAUAGUGUCCUCACAUUAAAACAAAAUGUGAGCUCACAAGCACGGCAUUUAGGAUGGGGAGUUGAUCAUUAUGCUCGAGAUUCGAAUGCAGUUGAUUUGACAUACUUCACAGUUGUACAAGUGCAUAAACUACGUUACGAUUCAGUUAAUAUAUUUUACGAUGGAAGUCAACAUAUUAAAGCUCUGUUCACCAAAUCUGCAUUCGAUGAGGCAAAUCUGGUAUCAUGUCAGUUCAAUAUCCUAUACGAUAGACCAAAAGGCCGUCUAGCUCGUCGAGAAUUCCGUGCAACAUGGAAGAAGCUUCUUUAUGAUAGACGGUAUUUUGUGGCCAGUGUACGAAGGAUCAGUGGAAGUAAUGAUAAGAUAUCUAUUCUUCUUCUUAAUAUUUGCGAUCCAUAUUGUUGGGCAAAAUAUAUCAGUAAUCAACCAUUCCUUGCCAAAAAUGUGUGA